AUAAACCUUCAAUCCUCAUCAUAUAAAAACAUCUACACCCAUGACACUUUUUCACCAUAUUAUCUUCUUUUUCAUUGAUCACUUGAUACUUUCAUAACAAAAAAAGAUGUGGAGAUUAAAAACAGCAGAAGGAGGCAAUGAUCCGUAUCUCUUUUCCACAAACAACUUUAUUGGGAGACAAACAUGGGAGUUUGACCCGAACCAUGGAACCCCAGAAGACCGAGCCGCUGUCGAACAGGCUCGAACCGAUUUCUGGAACCAUCGGCACCGGGUUAAGCCCAGUAGUGAUGUCCUUUGGCGCAUGCAGUUUUUGAAAGAGAAAGAAUUCAAACAGACAAUAGCCCAGGUGAAAAUAGAAGAUUCCGAAGAGAUAUCAUAUGAAAAAGCUACGACCACACUGAGGAGGUGUGUCAGCUUUUUUGCAGCUUUGCAGGCCAGUGAUGGUCACUGGCCUGCUGAAAAUGCGGGCCCACUCUAUUUCAUGCAGCCGUUGGUUAUCUGUUUGUAUAUUACUGGUCAUCUUAAUGUUGUUUUCCCCGAAGAAUAUCGAAAAGAAAUUCUACGGUAUUUAUAUUGUCAUCAGAAUGAAGAUGGCGGAUGGGGAUUUCACAUAGAGGGACAUAGCACGAUGUUUGGGACAACUUUAAGUUACAUUUGCAUGCGGCUUUUGGGUGAAGGUCUGGAUGGUGGUCUGAAUGGGGCAUGCACCAAAGCCCGCAAAUGGAUCUUGGAUCAUGGCACUGUCACCACCAUCCCAUCGUGGGGCAAAACAUGGCUUUCUAUACUUGGUGUGUGCGAGUGGGCAGGAACCAACCCUAUGCCACCGGAGUUCUGGCUCCUUCCCUCUUUUCUUCCAAUGUAUCCAGCGAAGAUGUGGUGCUAUUGUCGGCUGGUAUACAUGCCGAUGUCGUAUCUCUAUGGAAAAAGAUUUGUGGGUCCCAUUACUCCUUUAAUUCUACAACUUAGAGAUGAACUUUACUUACAACCCUACAAUGAAAUCAACUGGAAGAGUAUAAGGCAUUUGUGUGCAAAGGAAGAUUUAUACUAUCCUCAUCCAUUACUACAAGAUUUAAUGUGGGAUAGUCUCAACAUUUUCACAGAGCCUUUACUAAAUCGUUGGCCAUUAAAUAAAUUGAGACAGAAAGCACUUGAUACAACAAUGAAUCAUAUCCAUUAUGAAGAUGAAAAUAGCCGAUAUAUCACAAUUGGUUCAGUGGAAAAGGCGUUGUGUAUGCUUGCAUGCUGGGUUGAAGAUCCAAAUGGUGUUUGUUUCAAAAAACAUCUUGCAAGAAUCCCGGAUUAUCUUUGGGUUGCUGAAGAUGGAAUGAAAAUGCAGAGCUUUGGUAGCCAAGAAUGGGAUGCUGGUUUUGCCAUUCAAGCUCUACUGGCUGCUGAUCUUACAGAAGAAAUCGGUUCGACUUUAAUGAAAGGACAUGAAUUCAUUAAAGCUUCACAGGUUAAAGAUAAUCCUUCUGGAGACUUUAAAAGCAUGCAUAGACAUAUCUCUAAAGGGUCAUGGACUUUCUCAGAUCAAGAUCAUGGAUGGCAAGUUUCUGAUUGUACUGCUGAAGGAUUAAAGUGUUGUCUACUAUUCUCAACAAUGCCACCAGAAAUUGUUGGUGAAAAAAUGAAACCUGAGCAACUGAAUGAUGCUGUCAAUGUAAUACUUUCGUUACAGAGCAAAAACGGUGGGCUAGCUGCAUGGGAACCAGCUGGAUCAUCAGAAUGGUUGGAGAUUCUGAAUCCUACAGAGUUCUUUGCUGACAUUGUCAUUGAGCAUGAGUAUGUUGAGUGCACAUCAUCAGCAAUCCAAGCACUCGUUUUGUUUAAGAAGUUAUACCCUGGACAUAGAAGGAAAGAGAUAGAGACUUUCCUUACACAUGCAAGUGGAUACUUGGAGAAAAUACAAAUGCAAGAUGGAUCAUGGUAUGGAAAUUGGGGUGUGUGUUUUACAUAUGGUACUUGGUUUGCUCUUGGAGGAUUGACAGCUGUCAAUAAGACAUUUGAAAAUUGUCACGCAAUUCGAAAAGGUGUUAAAUUUUUACUUGAAACUCAGUUGGAAGAUGGUGGUUGGGGAGAAAGCUAUAAAUCAUGUCCUGAAAAGAAAUACGUACCCCUUGAAGGAGGUCGAUCGAAUUUGGUACAUACUGCAUGGGCUAUGAUGGGGUUGAUUCAUUCUAGACAGAUGGAGAGAGAUGUGACACCUUUACACAAAGCAGCCAAGUUAUUGAUCAAUUCCCAGUUGGAAAAUGGUGAUUUUCCACAACAGGAAAUAGCUGGAGUGUUCAUGAAGAACUGCAUGCUGCACUAUGCUCUAUACAGGAAUAUAUACCCGAUGUUUGAAGAAGAUUCAUACUUGUACCCUAAAUCAAAGAAACUAGUUUGCACUUCCAGUUGUUUCAUGGACUAUCAUCUGAAAUUGGGAAUCGUAUUGUCUCUGCUUGUUGGUAUUAUCGAUUCCACACAUUCCUCUUCAUAUUCUUCUGAGUUGGGAAGCCAUAGAUACAUCACAGAAGCAUACUUUCAUAAACACAACACCAUAAUCGAUCACCUUUUCCAAGAUUUCAUAACCAAUAACCUCCCUCAUGGAUCCUGUGAAAUGCUUCAAACUAAACACAAUUUCAUCCCAAAACUAUCACUUUUAGGGCGAAAUUUAAUCGGUGAAGGUUCUCACAGGCGUCUAACUUCUUCCAUUAAAAUCAAAAUCCAUCAAGAAAUUUCAUCUAAUCUCCCAUCACUCUCCUGUAAUGCCAUAGUUAUUGAAAGACUCCCCUCUGGAGUAUUCGCUGACCCAUUCGAGCUUCAACAUCUUACUCAACGUGGUGUGUUUACUGAUGCUUCUGCAUUCGGGGACACUGAUCUAGAAUCACCUACCAUAAGGGCAAAUCGGUCAAUUAUUGAAAUUCACAUGGAUUUGAACCCUAAAAACAAGAACAAUUGGGAUCUCAAGAUUCAGCUUCCAUUACAUGCGCGUUAUGCACCUUUGGGUGAAUAUGGUUAUACAAGAAUCGAAUUUGGGUCUCCUGAUUUGUUUCUACAAUGCACUAUUGAAGGGGACCCACAUAACAAAAGCUGUUUAAUUUCAACCAAUGACAAUGAUGUCAGUCUUACGUCAUCAAAUGUUGCUUCUAUUUUAUGGGAAGUACCUUCAGGAAUUGUGGAACAUACAAAAAUUGUCUCUAUGAUUACUUUUAUUUCAGCUUUUGUAUCUGCUUUCUCAAUUUUCAUUGCAUGUGUUUAUUAUCCAAACACUGAAAGCUACAUUAAUUUUAAACAAUCUUAAUAUGUUACAAGUUUCAUUACAUCAAAACUUUUUCAGUUUUAUUUCUUUAUAUCUUUAGCAAUUAGCAACACCUUCUUGCGAUAAUCAGCUAGGGCCCACAUUGGGUAUAUAUUCCUGUACAAUGCAUAGUGCAACAUGCAGUUCUUCAUAAAGACUCCAGUUAUUUCCUGUAUUAUGUAAACAAAAACGAUAAAUGUAAC